AUGUUCAGCCCAGCCGCGCGGAACCUCGUCAGCCGACACCUCGGCGCCGGCGUCGCAUCCAUCCCGGCACGACGGGGUCUGCACACCUCGCUCCGCGUCGCAAACAAUGAGCCCAAGUUCAAGCGCGAAGGCCCCGCGGCAAGUCCCCUCGACCCCAACAAGUUUGACAACCAAGCCAACUCUCCCGGCUACUACGAGGCACACAAGUACAAGGAGCAGGCUCGAGCCGAUCCCAACCCCACCGCGCCUCUCCAGAACCGCGCCGCUGAGCCCGAGCCCGAAACGCCCCAUGGCCAGUCCGGCUCCUUCUCCGACCACCGCGGAGGCGGACCUCGUGUAGACGGCGAGGCCCUUACUGGGUCCGAAGAGGCCCCUGAGACUCGCACCCACCGCCGUGCCGCCCAGAAGAUCAAGAACGCGGCAAAGACCAUCAUCGGCCAGCGCUCUCUCUUCACCUCGGCCUACCAACACAACCUCAAGCCCACGCAAGGCGCCAGGAACACACCCGCAAAGACGUCGGACGGAUCAGUGGGCGAGCACCCCGGCUACACGACCGCCGACGCACCCGUCUCGAGCAGGGACCCCAAAGACAUGCCUCCUCCGCCCCCCGGCGCCAUGCCCAGCAGCACCAUUCAAAACGCCAGCACCAAGGCCGCACCGCCCCACCCGGACGUCCACGGCCUUGCUACGGGCGCAGAAAAGGAGGGCGUCGACUCCAUCCUCCCAGAAGACCGAUCGCAGAAGACGUGGGGCAUGAACGCCCGCUCCGCCCAGUUCAACGAGACAGAGGGAAAGAGGAACCCCGUGCUUCACGGAGGCUCCAACGAGGGUGGGUUCAAGGGCGACGGAUCCAGCCGGACUUAA